UUGGGAAAGGAAAGACGUCACCUAGAAUCGGACCGCACUGCGGCAAAGACUAUCUGAUUACAUCAUUGAAAAGAGAGGAGGGCGGUACAAAAAUUUCUUGAUCAGAUCCAGGGUUGAGAUCACGUUUCUUUCCUAAGAAUACCAUUUUAAAAUCAUCUCUAACUAACGCUCUCUUGCCAUUAUAUCUGAAAUUUACGGGCGCUUCACUGGUAAAUUCGCAAUUAAAAUUCUCUUCCUCCGCUUUUUUUUUUGCUCAUUUUAUAAACUACAUUUCCCAGGUAGCAUUUCUCGCUCCUUCUGCGGUUAGGGUACUGCAGUUCCGACGAGAAUCACAGGUAUCGCGGGAGUUACUAUCCCCCUUUAGUGAGCGCCGCAGACGGCCAUUUUGCUUCUUUUGACUUCUUGCAAGGACGAAGCAACGCGCUUGGCGCGGGGUCGACAACCUGAGUCCCUUGUGGUUUCUUCUGGCACUUUUGGCGAUGUUCCCUCUGUUUAGGAGGGCCUUGAGCCGUUUUUCGGAUGGGGAAACAGAGGCCCAGAGAGGGGAGGUCCCCAAGGACCUCACACAGCAGCACAACUCCCAGGCCCAGGCCCAGCCCCAGGCCCAGGCCCAGGCCAGUACUCCGCUGCCACUAACCUCAAGAGUUCGCAGCUUUCAGCAAACUGUUGAAAGGCAGAACCACCAGGACAGGAUGCCUAAUUUUCAUGAUAAGUAUGGCACCCCAAUAUUACUGAGUGGAGCCACUUUCUGUCUUGCCAUUUGGGCAUACGCAGCAACACAAAUUGGAAUCGAAUGGAACCCAUCUCCUGUUGGCAGAAUCGCCCCAAAAGAUUGGAGAAGCCAGUAAAGGAGAAAUGAAUCCCUUUCGUCAAAACUGGCGUCAUUCUGGAUUUUUCCAGAAUUAAUAUGCGAAGUAAAGGUAGUUUGUUAUCAUCUGUAACGUGGCAUUAAUGUAAUAAAAUGCAUUUGAAAUCUUUGCUGUGUAGAUUUUGUUCAUUUUCCAUGUUAAAAAACCUCAUGCUCCAAGUAGCUUAAUGGUCUUGUGAAUGUAUUACUAUUAAUAUUAAGGAGCACUGUUGCAUUUCUACUUAACUUUUCCCUUCCCAACAAAUGAAAAUUUGGAUUCCACAGAGAAGUUAACUUUGCAGUAUUGUCUUAUUGUCUUCUGCUUAAUAAAUCAAGGUGCCAUGAGACCUAAAGGGAAAGAUGUCCCUAUCAAGAGUUCACAGAAUCAACGGGAAAGGGCCUCCAUCCUAUCCAGCCCUUUACCUGACCAUACAUUUCCUAACAAAUAAGUCUUCCAGUCUCUGUUUCAAGACCUCCAGUGAGGGGGGAGCCCACUAUUGCCUGAGAAGGCCCCUUUGCAUCUAAGCAAAAUUUGCUUCUUUUAUGACUUCCAUCCCUUCCAUCCCUAAUUCUGCCCUCUGGGGCUAAUCAGAAUCUUUAUAAUGCCUCCUCCUUCAGCUAGCUUUUCAACUACUAACACAAAAACAUCCUUAGUUACUUGGGUCUGUGUAUGGAAUGUUCUCUUCACUAGUUUGAAUUUAGAUCUCAUGGCUAUGUAUAUAAAUGUGUUACAUUGUCAUUUUUAAAUGAAAAUACUUGUAAUCUUCAUGUCUAUUAAUGAAAUGUACCUUCUACCCUAUCUCCUUUAGAAAAAGUAAAACCUUUGUAACAAAUAGGUAUAAUCAAGUAAAACAGAUUCUUGCAUCAAUCAUGUCAAAAAAAUGUCUUGAUAAUGUACCCUGAGUCCAUCACCUCUUUGCCAAGGAGGUGGGUAGCAUGUUUCAUUAUGAAUCCAUUGAAAUUGUGGUUGGUCAUUGCAUAGAUCUUGCAAAACUGUUAAUAAUGUUAUUGUAUAAUGUGUAUUUCUAGAUCUGCUCAUUCCAUUGUGCAUUAGCUCAUAGAAAUCUAACCAUGUUUCUCUGAAAACAUCAUUUCGUAGAGCACAGUAGAAUUUCAUCACAUAUAGCAUAGUUUGUUCAGCCAUUCCUUGAGUGACUGGGAACCUUUCCAGUUCUUUGCCAUAACACAUAAGAGUUGUUGUAAACAUUUUUAUUCAUAUAGGUCAAUUCCCUUUUUUCUUUGAGCUCUUUAGGGAUAUCAGCUUAGAAGUGGUAUUGCUGGGUCAAAGGAUAUAUGCAGUUUUAACAACUUUUCACAUAGUUCCAAAUUGCUUUACAUAAUGGCUGGGCCAGUUCACAUAGUUCCACCAACUGUUUAUUACCACAUCCAUUUUUCCAUAGCCCCUCUGGCAUUUGUCUUUUUUUUUUCCCACCAUCUUGGUCAACUUUUCCUGAUAUGAUAAAUAUGAGUUAAAAAAAUCAUUUGCAUUUCUCUAGUGAGUUGGAGCAUAUUUUCAUAUGUAUAUUGAUAGCUUGGAUUUCUUUGAAAACUGCUUUUUCAGAUCCUUUGACCAUUCAACUGGGGAAUGGCUCUUGGUCUUAUUAAUCUGACUCAAUUAGAAAUGAGAAUUAUCAGAGAAACUUUCUGCAAAAAUUUCCCACUUGUUUGCUUCUCUUCUAAUUUUAUCUGCAUUGCUUGUGCCAAAACUAAUUUUAUGUAACCAGAAUUGUCCAUUUUACCUUCUUAAAUUGGCUUUUGCUAGAUAAUGCAACAGGGGGUGGGUGGGGGGUGGGGAAUAUAUAUGUCAUGUGUUUUGCCAAGUGUUUAGAAUAUGUGCUUGAUGUGCAAAAUAAAAUUUCAUUAAAACCAAA